AUGCCAUCUCAGAUGGAGCACGCCACAGAAACCAUGAUGUUCACAUUUCACAAAUUUGCCGGGGAUAAAGGCUACUUAACAAAGGAGGACCUCAGAGUGCUCAUGGAGAAGGAGUUCCCGGGAUUUUUGGAAAAUCAAAAAGACCCUCUGGCCUUAGACAAAAUAAUGAAGGACCUGGACCAGUGCCGAGAUGGCAAAGUGGGCUUCCAGAGCUUCUUUUCCCUAAUUGCGGGCCUCACCAUCGCGAGCAACGACUAUUUUGUAGUACACAUGAAGCAGAAGGGAAAGAAGUAGGCAGCACCGAGCAAUUACUCUGCCCUGAAAAGUGUUCUCUCAAAGGAUUGCUUCAAACAUCUGCCCCACCGCUUCUCCCUAUAGAA